AUGAAAUUUCUUUUGCUUACUGUUGUAAUUUGCCUUAUCUACGCUCUUGUUAGUGUGGAUGCUUCACCGUUAAUUAAUGAAGCUCGAAGGACAAGAUGCGCUACAGUUGGUACAAGCUGUGAAACCAUACCAUGCUGUAGUGGACUUAGAUGUAAAAGAACUCCGAAAUUGUUAUGUACUUCUGGAUAG